UAAGAGAAGGAUUCGUUACCCUAUUUUCUCCCAGACAAAGGAGUGAGAGAGUAUUCAUUCUCCGGCGCCGAGCAACAAAGAUGGCUUCUUCCACCACCAACAGUCUCACUCUUCGCGCUUCAGUCCUUGUAAACCCUAGAUUACCUCCCAUCCUCCUCCGUCCACGUGUCUCCUUUCCCCGAAAACCCUCCUUCAAUCUCUCCCUCCAAAACCCUAGAACCAUCGUCUCCUCCGCCGUUACCUCCUCGCCGUCUCCGGUACUCUCCACCGAUAAAACACCUUCUCAAUUCCACUUCUCAGACUCGACUAGGUCAAUCACCACCCUCGCGGUUCUAGCCGGCGUCGUGACCAAAUCCCUAAUUCAGAAGCUCUCCGUCGCAAUGAUUCACCUGUCCCCACAGAUUCAGUCAUCUUUCCGAGCUGCGAGUCCGUUGUUCUUCGCGUCGCUACGUGAUCGUCCCGCCGGAUAUCUCAACACGCCGCUGACUGUAGUUGCGGCUGGGUUAUCCAAAUGGCUCGAUAUCUACAGUGGUGUUCUGAUGGUCAGAGUUUUGCUCAGUUGGUUCCCAAACAUCCCAUGGGAUCGCCAGCCUUUGUCUGCCAUUAGGGAUCUGUGUGAUCCUUAUCUUAAUCUCUUCAGGAACAUUAUCCCUCCGGUCUUUGAUACGCUUGACGUUAGCCCUUUGCUUGCUUUCGCCGUUUUGGGAACUUUGGGUUCGAUUCUCAACAACAGCAGAGGAUAGUUUAAAAAAGCACUACUCUACUCUGCUAUGAUGCAAAGCUUUAUGGAUUGUAUCAAGUUCGGAUCUUUCUGGUUAUAUUUGGGAGCAUUUAUAUUGUCUAUAGUUAAUAGCAUUUGGAGAUAUAAGGUAACGAUGUAUUAGACUCUAAAGUUUCAGUCUUUUUUUUUCUGUUCUGUGGUGUAUUUAUGUAAAUGUACGGCUUUGGUUUCAAUAAUAGACUUGAAAGUUUCGUGGA